UCAGACUCUGAUCAGCUGUUCACUGCUGUGGUUUGGCCACUGGCUCACACUGCAGGGACCGAGUGGAAACGUUCUCAGCCCGUUUCUCUCCCUGGAGCCCCCCGGGGAGUCACAGCUGCCAGAGGCCCCCCCAGAGGCUCCCGCUGCCCGGACCCCGGGACAUGGCUGAGGACCCAGAUGGCAGCAGGGCCCCUCUCCUGCCAGGCACUGCGGAGUCCCCUGUGCACCCUGCCCUGAGCUUCCUGGGGAAGGUGGUGGCCUCGGUGCUGCCCAUUGCCAGCAUCGUCAUCGGAGCCCUGUACCUGGGCCAGUGCCCCUGCCAGCACCUCCUGCCCUAUUACCUGCUGGUGGGGGGCAGCAUGGUCCUGCUGUUCCUGCUGCUCAGCUGCCUGCCCUGUGGUGAUGGGACGGACCCCCCGCAGCUGAGCCCUGGUGCCCGCGGCUGGAGAGCGCUUUUCCUGCUCUUCCUCUUCGCGUGGUUCAUCACUGGUAAUGUCUGGGUCUACUCCAUCUACCCCCCAGAGUACAAGGACCCCCACAAUCCGAACUUCUGCCACCAAAUCCUCUACCUCUUCGCUUUCUGGGUCACCACGCUGGUGUACGUGGCGCUGGGGGUCACGUUGCUGGCGGCUCUCAGCAUCCUGGGCUGCCUGCUGCUGCUGCGGGCGCGGCUGCCCUGGCUGCAGCGGGGAGAUGGAUACCCCUAGCCAGGGUGUGGGGGGGAGACAGAGGGGGGUUAAUAAAGGCCUGAACCAUGGCUGGUGAGCAGUCAUUCUUGUCUGGGGGGCACCUCCCAUCAGCCCCCUGGAGCAGCCAUACCUCAGUCAGACUCCCAGGAUCCCCUAAGGCAGAGCCCUCAGAGCCAGACCCCUGCUUGGGUAGCAGCUAUGG